AUGUGGGCUGUAUGGACAAGAACCGUACGUAGCGGGCGAACGUUCGAGCGCUCACUUUCCAGCAUUGUGGAGUUGCCCAAGUUCCAGGACUUCGGUGUGCAGAAUGAGCCGGUCUUUGAAUAUCGUGAGGGGAGUGGCGAGCGCACUGCGCUUGCUGAGGAGCUGAAGCAAACCGCUGCUGUGACUGAGGAGGUGCCUAUCGUCAUUGGCGGAGAAACUAUUAAGGAAGGCGAGCCGCGUUACCAGGUGAUGCCUCAUAACCACUCCAAAAAAAUUGCAAAAUUCUACUACGCGAGUGAGAAAACCAUACAAAAAGCUAUCAAAGUGUCUGUAGAUGCUCAAGCACGAUGGGAUCGAACACCUCUGCAGGAGCGUAUUCGUAUCUGGCAAAAUGCUGCAGAACUGAUGGCUGGUUCCCACAGGCAAAAACUCAAUGCUGCUACUAUGCUGGGUCAGUCUAAGAGUGUAAUACAAGCAGAGAUAGACUCAGCUGCUGAACUCAUUGAUUUCUUCAGAUUCAAUGUAUACUUUUUAAAAGAGAAUGCCAAAUAUCAACCUAUUUCAGAAAACCCAUCAGUGACAAGAAAUUCUCUUCGAUUCCGUGGCAUUGACGGAUUUAUUGCUGCAAUCAGCCCUUUUAACUUCACAGCUAUUGGGGGCAACUUGGCCUACACCCCUGCUCUUAUGGGCAAUGGUGUUGUAUGGAAACCAUCUGAUACAGCACUUUUGUCAAAUUGGCGGAUCUUUAACAUAAUGCGUGAAGCAGGGCUUCCAGAUGGUGUUGUUAACUUUGUUCCAGCUGAUGGGCCCACAUUUGGCCGCACAAUUACUUCGUCCCCUCAUCUAGCAGGCAUUAACUUCACUGGCUCUGUUCCAACAUUUAACUGGCUGUGGAAUGAAGUUGGAAAAAAUCUCAGCCACUAUAAAAAUUAUCCUCGGCUGAUUGGUGAAUGCGGAGGAAAAAAUUAUCACUUUGUGCAUCCUUCAGCUGAUAUCCAGACUGUCGUCACUGCUACAAUUCGCUCAGCAUUUGAAUACUGUGGACAAAAGUGCUCGGCAUGCUCAAGAAUUUAUGUACCCAAAUCUCUUGCUGAGCCAAUAAAGCAUGGAUUAGUUCAAGAGCAAGCUAAAUUAAAGAUUGGUGACCCAUCAGAUUUCAAAAUUUUUGCCGCUGCGGUGAUUGAUGAUAAAGCCUUUAACAGAAUCACAGGUUACAUAAAAAAUGCAAAGAAAAACUCUAAGAAUAAAAUCAUUGCUGGAGGUGAAUUUGAUGACAGCAAAGGCUACUUUGUCCAGCCCACCAUAAUUGAGACCACUGAUCCCCAUGACAAGCUUAUGACUGAAGAGAUUUUUGGCCCUGUGUUAACCAUGUAUGUGUAUGAUGAUAGUGAAGUGGACAAGACCAUGAAGCUCAUUGGAUCAUCUACUAAAUUUGCAUUGACUGGUGCUGUAUUCUCAAUGGACAAGAACUUCCUACAGAAGGCUCUGGAUGAGCUCAAGAUGACUGCUGGCAAUUUCUACAUCAAUGACAAGUCAACUGGAUCAGUUGUGGGCCAGCAGCCAUUUGGUGGAGGCCGCAUGUCUGGUACCAAUGAUAAAGCAGGCGGGCCUGGCUAUGUCAUGCGCUGGACAACACCCCAGUCCAUCAAAGAGACCUUUGUACCUCUACGUGACAUCGACUAUCCUUACAUGAGAGAUUAA